AUGCGUCGCGCUGCUGCCCAAGGCCUACAGGCGCUCCGUACUGCCCGCAGCAAUUCAGUAUGGAGGCCCCGCGGUAGACGAGCCUCCCGCGCCUACUUCUCUAGUGGACAGGCUCUCGCUGUCCAGGGAUUCUUCACCAAAAAACAAACAUCAUAUAUACCAGCUUCCAUCCAUGCCUCCAUGCACGUCCGCAACUUCUCGCUUGCCUUUAUCUCGACUCUCGUUGCCUCGGGCGCCUGGUACGCGUACAAGGGGACCCAGCAGACUGCCUUCCUGAAUGGCACCUCUAGCAUUCAGUCACGAGGAAUAGCAGAUACAACAUCCGGGGAUAGUGCAGAGACAACAGCUACACGGCGGGCCCUAUUGGUCGAGAACGAUCAGUUCUAUACUUCUGUAUUGUCCGGUGAUCAGCCUCUGUCCAAACAAGCUGACGAUUCCGAUCGGAGGAUACUUGAGAUGUUGACACCGGAGCAGGCCACCCAGAAGCUGCGCAAGAAUGAUGAGUCUUACCUAGUCAGCCGCGGACAGGGCGUUGUUCGAUACGAUAUCACGCAAGUCCCGAGUAAUUCGCCCAUUGAAGAUGAUCAUGCAGAAAAGAUUGUCGAGGUUCCACAGUCUACUUCUGGAGCUCAGGAUGGAUCUCCGAACAGUGACUGGAUGUUCUGGGGAGUAUUUGAUGGACACUCUGGCUGGACCACCUCCGCCAAAUUGCGAAAUGUUCUCAUUUCUUACGUUGCCCGGGAGCUCAACACCACAUACAAAGCCGCCGCUACAGACCCUUCGAUCAAGACCCCUUCUCCAGAAGCUAUAGAUUUAGCCAUAAAACAAGGAUUCGUCCGUCUUGAUAAUGAUAUUGUUUACGAGAGCGUAGACAAGGUUAUGAAAGCGAACUCACGACGCGUUGCCGCGGAGAUUCUGGCGCCUGCUCUAUCUGGGUCUUGUGCGCUUCUCGCUUUCUAUGACUCCCGCACUCAAGAUUUGCGAGUUGCAUGUGCUGGAGACUCGCGAGCUGUUCUAGGCCGCCGAGGCCCUAGCGGCAAAUGGGUCGCGACAGCUUUGACCGAGGAUCAGACUGGAGGAACGCCAUCGGAAAUUGAAAGGCUCCAAAAGGAACAUCCAGGUGAGCCUUAUGUUGUGCGAAAUGGCAGGAUUCUCGGACAGCUUGAGCCCAGUCGCUCUUUUGGAGAUGCCUUCUACAAGUGGAAAAAGGAAACACAAGAGAAAAUCAAGAGCCGAUUCUUCGGACGCACACCACAUCCAAUGCUCAAAACACCGCCUUAUGUCACUGCCGAACCUAUCAUCACGCGUACCAAAAUUGAUCCUAAAAAUGGCGACUUCGUCGUCCUAGCAACUGAUGGUCUCUGGGAGAUGUUGACCAACGAGGAAGUAGUUGGACUUGUCGGACAGUGGCUGGAGAGCCAACGUCUUGGAGAUGACGGAAAACGGACCUGGCUACAAAGCCUGUUCGGACCAGAAACAAAACAGCUUCCGGUAGAAAAGGCCACUGAAACCAAGACUGCGGGACAACGACCGCCAAUUCGUCAGCAACAGUACGACAUUUCUGGAGCUGCUCAACGGUUUGUCGUCGAAGACAAGAAUGCUGCCACCCACUUGGUGCGAAAUGCCAUGGGAGGAAAGGAUAGGGACAUGGUUUCGGCCCUUUUGACUCUGCCCAGUCCGUAUUCGAGGAGAUAUCGGGAUGAUAUCACUGUGGAAGUCAUCUUUUUUGGUGAAAGCGUUGACGAUCGCAGCGUAACCGUAAAUAAGGAAGCUACUGCACCGGCCGAGUCAGCCAAACCAAAGUUGUGA